AUGGCGACAUUGUCAUUGAGACGAGCUUGCUUCCGCUUCCAACCGAGAGUCUAUAAUUUCUGCUCCAAGACUUCCUCAAUCGGCGACGGUGCGGCUGGGUGGACCAGAGAAGCACCGGCUGAGAGACGUCAUUCGAUCCCGAGUAGCAACAUUUGCCUUUCUCAUUUGUUCAGGGAUCCUACCGACCACUUGGAUCGAUGCGAAAUCGAGCUCGUGGACGAUGAUGCCUGGCAGGUAUCCUCGGGGAUAGCCCAUGCGUUUCGAGGAUUAGGUACGAAACGGGAACCACGUAGUGUGAGUGAAGCAACUGAUGACCAGGUGAAAGAAGGCUCAUCCACAUCUUCCCUGGAUGACCCUGAUUUUGAUGAGAUUGAUAACAUGAGAAUCCGGGGGAAUCUGUUCUACAAGCUUGAUCGGGACUCCAAAGAGUAUCAGGAGUACAGCUUUGAAUUCCACCGAAGGAAGAAGAAAUGUGAUGACCCUCGAGAGAGCCGAAAGAAAGAAUCUUCAACGAAGAAUGAACAACCCAAGGAAAAGGAAGGCAAAAAGAACGAAGAUUCAUCGCCUGUGGAAGCGAAAAGAACAACAUUAAUUGCUAAGAACGGCAAGGCUUAUACUUUGAUGAAUGAUGUUUCUGGCAGUGUGGCGGAGGAGAUGAGGAAGAAGGUUAGGACUCUGACGUUCAAUCAGCUCACAGCUCCUUACCACGAGCCGUUCUGCCUGGACAUUCACAUAUCAAACGCAUCGGCUCGGGCAUCCGUCAUUCACCGAGGUACUAGUAAAGUGGUGGCUGUGGCACAUUCGAUAUCGAAAGACAUCAAAUUCGACAUGGGUUCCACCAGAAAUGAAGCCACUUGCCGUGCUGUUGGGCAGAUUCUGGCUCAGAGAGCACUGGAGGAUGACAUCCACAACGUGGUCUACACUCCCAGAAGAGGGGAGAGAUUGGAAGGGAAGCUUCAGAUUGUGCUUCAAUCCAUUAUAGACAGUGGUCUUUCUGUGAAAGUAAAACUCAAGCAAAGGAAACACAAGAAGAAGCUUAGCCUCCCACAAUGA